AUAGUGAGGAGUUCGAUCGAAGAGUAAUGAUGAUGCAGGCCGCAAAAGAAACAAAUUACUAUUUCCUUACGGUUGAACCCGACUUAACUAUUGAUGCGGGACCGAAAGGAAACGUUUCGAGAUUCAUCAAUCAUUCAUGCGAACCGAAUUGUGAAACCCAAAAAUGGACAAUUGGAGAAACUCGUGUAAUUGGACUAUUUGCCAUUAAGGACAUUAAUGCAGGCGAAGAAUUGACAUUUAACUACAAUUUGGAAAGCUUGGGUAAUAACAAACGGGUAUGUCUAUGCGGUGCCGGUAAAUGUUCUGGUUUUAUCGGUGAAAAAUAUCGCCCGCCAAAUAAAAAAGAUAUUGUAAUCAGCAUGAAAUCUGAACGAUCCCUAAAAAACGGUAAGAAAAAGGUUAAAAUUCGUAGAACAAAAACAACUUUGACCCAAAAACAACAACAAAUUUAAGUGAAACUAAGGACACCAACAACCAAUUGAACGAUAACGACGUGGUAAUGAUAUCUGCACAAGAAGCCGUAAUAGUAGAUUUAGUUGACGAAAAUGCAUCAGCAUAUCCACUCGCAUCAGUCCAUAUCAAGCAGGAAAAGAAUGAUUACAAUAUUUGAUUAACCUUCGUAUGUAUUUUUAUUUGGUUUGUUUUUGUUUGUUAAUCCAUAAUAUACACAUGUGUUAAGACCACGUUUA